AUGAAGAAUUCUAAACUGGAAGCUGUCUGGAAACCAAUUGAAGAAGGCGAUAAGGUUAUUGUUCAAAGGGGUGAUAAUUUUCAGAUUGUGACCAUCAAAUCAAACAAAAAUCUUGGUGUUGGUAAGGACAAGGUCCCGAUGUCGCAGUUGAUCGGUUAUCCCAUGGGGUCUACUUUUCUUUAUGAUGGUACCACAGUUACCCAGGUAAAAGAAGAGGAAAUAACCGUCAAUUUGGAGCCAUAUGAAUUAGAAUCUUCCAGGGAUAAUCGAAAUCUUCUUGAUCGAAGUGACAAUCAGAUACUUACUGCAGAGGACAUCCAGAGCCUUAGGUCUACUGGCUUUAAAGGGGAUGUAGGGGUUUACAUUAAUGAUCUAAAUUUCCAAAAUCCAAUUAAAAAGCUAAAUCUAGUUAUUUUAUUUUUCGAGGCAAUUAUUUCGAAAUUGGUUGAGAAGAGCACAACUUUUCAUAUGAAGACCAAAUAUUCUCAGGAAAAGUACUUGAAUAAGAAGAAAAAAAAUUACCUCUGUAUUUUUACUGUUCGACCGCAUACCACUCGGAAUCUCUGUGAUAUGAAUAUGGUCUGCAAGGCCACGUAA